CAAGCAACACGCGUUGCGCUGGUGCUGGUGCUCGCCGCCUGCCCCGCAGAUUAUCAUGUGCAGGGGCUACAUUUGGCUGAGCAUGUUAUUGGUUCGAUCCGGCAAGGAGCGGUGGGCCGCGGCGACAUAGCUGCCUUCAGCGCCAUGCGGCCGUCCGCCAGUACCUGCUUGUCCCGAGAUAUGGGAGGACAAGCAAGACGCAGAGGGUGUUUAGCUGUUGGGAUGAAUGCCGGGGGUGAGGUGUCUGCUGCUGCAGUGCCAGAAUUCGAUCUGGCAGAGAAAACGGUUGAGGAGCUAUGGAUGAGAGUGAAGAAGCAGCUCAUCAGCGUGGGGAAAGGCGGGAUAAAGCCGAGUCACGUGCGAUCGCUCAACUCCUUGAUCGCCGCACACACCUUGGUCAAGGUCAAGGUGAAUAUUCCGAAUGCCGAUCUGGAGGAGGUGGGACUUGAACUUGCCGGAAAAGGAGGCUUGGCGUUGGGGGGAGGGGACGGAGACGAAGCAUCCCCUGCCGUGGGCGUUUCCGUCGUCACGGUCAACCCGAACCAGAAGGUAAUCCUGUUCGCGAACACGGAAUUCUUGGCCUCUCAAGCGAGAGGAGAAACCUCGUAGUACCUGUGCAAGGCUUUUUGUCUGGCAAGGCGGAGAGGGGAACGUUGGGUUUAGUGAACAAGGAAAUCUUGGUCAGCAGGGCGGGACACACACGCUCAACAGUGAGAGCGCCUCGGUAGGUUUGGUCAUUCCAAUAACAUCAGCAGUAGCGUGGACGUUCGUGCUGGUCGAGUGCUUUGUCGUAGGGGUUCGAAGCGAUUGUGAGAGAAUGGCAGUAGUUUGACAAUGGCCGCGAAACUGUGUGUCGCAAUAGAAAGGCGGUGUUGAACGCGCGAAGAGAGCGGGCAUCAGAGCUCCCAGAUGGUUGUUAUGGAUGCCAGCACGGCGGUUGGUCGUUUCGAGUAUCAGGAGUUACGACGUUCGUGAUUCUAAAUAGAGUACUUCGCCCGUAGAAGCUGGCAGUAUUUCGGCGAUGCCCGCUGAGCUUCGUUGCCGAACAGUGUUGAAAUCCGAAAAGAGGGGGUGUUGCAGGUAUGUUGUUAUUGAUGCCAACACGGCGAUUGCUAGCAAUUGAAUAUUAGCCAGUAUUCAUGUUUUUGGCUUCCCGUCUGGGCAGAGGUUGCAUUCGUUUCUGGUGUUCAACAUUGCCACCUCACCCGAAAGAGCGGAAAGGAGCCGGUCUUGGUCUCUGACCGCCCGUUGACGAGAGGGGAGUACAGUAGGCGACGUGGAC